ACAUAAAAUUUUUUUCCCUAGGAAGCUCAAAAGCCUGGCAAAUCUGCUAAUCCAGGGGCAGGGGGGUUAUGCAACAGUAAGGCAGCAAGAAAACAAACACACGUGUACAUUAAGCUCACACGUUUGGAAGAAGGCUUUCUUUCGGAUUGGGAUGAAAUGUGGGAGAUGGGUCCCACUUCCACCCUCACCCUGUCUUGUAUACUCUGUUGAGAACUCUCGAAGAUCAAAGGGACCUUCUUUUUUUGUCUUUUUUUUUUCCUCUUGAUUUCAUUCACUUUCAUUAACUGCAAAUCAUUCCUUCCCUUCUUUUCCAUUUCUCUAAUUCUCUUCGACAACAAUGAAAAAGGGAAAAAGGAUGCGCUUUCCCUUCCGUACUUCUCCAACUUCGACUUCUACCAUGUCCACUCUGUUCCUCCUUAGCUUCGGCUUAUUAGUCUCUCCUUUGUGUUUCUCUCUCCCUUCCUAGAAAAAAGAUUCUUCUUUUACAACCCCCAUUGACCAACUUUUUCCAUACACAGACACCCACAUCGUGUUUCCUCUUUCAUUCUCUGUUUCCCAAUCCAAUCCCACCACCGACCUCACCUUCCUCUUGGCUCUCUGUUUUCACUUUUGGAACUCACCUUUUCCUUUUCUUGUCCGUCGUAGGAUUAUUGUAUAGAUCACCCUGUCUUUCCAGUGUUUUCUCUUUCUCUGUUUAUCAAGACUAGCUUCUUGUAUGGAUUCACUAGGGGUUUUCUAGGGUUUUUAAAUAUGUGGGGGUUGGUAUCUAUUCCAGUCCUUUCCUCUUUAGUAUCACACAGUUGCCUCCAAUUUGAUAACCCUUUGUAGAAAAUUCUUCCUUACUUGUUAUAUCUCUGAAAUUGAAUUUGGUAUUUAUCUGAUUGAUUGAUUGAUCGAAUGGCGUACAAAGGAAUUCAGGGACCGAGCUCGGGAUCGAGUUCGAGUUCUGGGUUUCAGUACUUAAAUUCUCCUUUUGGAGAUACCACCUACACCAAGGUCUUCGUCGGGGGACUUGCCUGGGAGACACAAAGUGAAACUAUGCGACGAUACUUUCAGCAAUUUGGAGAGAUUCUUGAGGCCGUUGUCAUCUCUGAUAAGAAUACUGGCCGAUCCAAAGGCUACGGUUUUGUAACUUUCCGGGACCCUGAAGCUGCUAGGAGAGCCUGUGCUGAUCCAGCUCCAAUCAUCGAUGGGAGGCGGGCUAAUUGUAAUCUGGCUUCUCUUGGGCGACCACGUCCACCUCUGCAAUAUGGACGCGGCGUGAGACCAGUUAGUCCAUACAUUGGAAGUGUGCAAGCUGCUCGGGGGGCUUAUAUUGGAAGUUUUGGUAACCCACAGCCACUUUCUUACAGCUAUCAACAAGGAAUGAUGUAUCCUCCUUAUGGGUAUGCUACAUAUGGACCCGAGUACGUGUACCCACAGGGUGUCUACAACCCUUACAUGCAACAGUACCUUCAAAUAUAUGGAGUUCCUGGAACUGUUAAUGCAGCUAUGUAUCCUUAUGGACAGUUGGGUCAAACCAUUCCUGGUGGUCAUGGUUACACAGCAGUUCAAGGAUAUGCAACGCCAGGUCAUCAGGUUGUACAAUUCGGUGGACCUGGUGUUAGUGCAAUAAGUACUCCGCCCAUGCCCACAAUUCAAAGACCGUAUCAUACAGGCAUGGCAACACCUGUACCAGCACAAGCACAGUUUAUAGUUCCUGCUCCUCAGUUUAUGCAAGGUAGCGGUUCUGACCAGACAGCUGGGUGAGGGGUUGAUCAAGGUAUCCUUAGAUUGCAGCAGGACUAAGAGCAGCGGAACUGCUACUUGAGUGGCGGGCUUCGAAUCUAGCCUUGCAAAUUUUCUAUUUUGCAUUUUAGAGGUCAUACAUAGUCAUGCUCACCAGAGAUGUUGGAUGUCUGAGUCGCUCCGGAUGGUGGAGAAGGAAUUUGGAAGAUGUGGGAAACAUCUUCGUCAACCUUUGUGUAUGAAAGAAAAACUAUCGAAAUACUGCUGGCCUCUCGGGAUGAGUGGUUGGCAGGCAUGGAUUGGUGGAUGCUGGAAUCGGUUUCUGGCAGCCAUAUAGGAAUAAAAGACACUUGUAAAAAAAGGUCUCUGCAUAUUAGAAUCAACAUAUGAUUCUUCGAUAGUCUAGUCCCAGCAUUUGGGUGCAUUAGUCUCUGGUGUCCUACAUUGUAUUUAACACACACACACUCAGCUUUGGAGUGUUUUUUUUUUUCUUGUGCAUAUUAGUGGCUAGGGUUUUUAUUGUUUCUGCAAACAUGGAAGUUAUCACCUAUCAGUCUUUAACCUCAAGGAAUGGGGGGAAGCUCGUAGGUGCAUUUUAUUAUCAGAAGAAAAAAUUUGUGGUAACUCAGAGUAGUAACAGAAUUUAGCCGAUCUCCCAAUCAGAGUGGUAACUCAGACUAGUAUUCUCUUGAGGGCUGCUGUUGAUUGUCCAUAACACAGGAGCUUUUGGUCUCUUUGAAGGACAAAAAAAAA